UUGGCUCUCUCUCUCUCUCUCUAUCUCUCUCUCUCCCUCUCUCUCUCUCUCUCUCUUCAUAUGCUUGAGCGCCCUUUCUAUUCUGCUUUCUUUGCUUUUUCUUUCGUUUCCCUUCAUCAACCUAUUAUCUUGUAUAUCUCUCUUUGUUUCGAGAGAGAAACAAAAUCUAUCUAUCUAUCUAUCUAUCUAUCUAUCUACUUCAGUCUGAGCAUGUUAUCUAUGUUCAUAUAUCUUUCUACCUUUCUUAUUCAAGUCGUAAAUUUUAUUUUUAUUUUUCUCUUUCUCCACGUGUUCAUAUCUAUCUAUCUAUCUAUCUAUCUAUCUAUCUAUUUUAAUCUAUUCCUGCCUAUAUAUCUAUCUAUAUAUCUUUUUGAUAUCUAUCUUAGUCUGUUCGUAUCUAUCUAUCUUAGUCUGUGCGUAUCUAUCUUAGUCUGUUCAUAUCUAUCAUCAAUCUAUCUUUGUUCGUAUCUAAGUCUGUUCGUAUCUAUCUAUCAUAUUGCUAUCUAUCUAACUGACCCUGUCUUUCUCAUUCUCUCUAUCUCCCAUUGUCUUGGCAUUUUCAUUUUUGUUUUCUCCCUUCACCCCCCUCUCUCUCUCCCUCUCUCUCUCUCUCUCUCUCUCUCUCUUUCUCAUUCUCAUUCUCUUUCCCUCUCUUAUCCGCUGGCUUCAAUGAAUUUUCUCGAAUUAAAAAAUAAUUACCCACACCGUACCAUUUUCUUUUGCCCAGAUACUCUUACCUAUCUAUCUAUCUAUCUAUCUAUCUAUCUAUCUAUCUAUCUAGGUUCGUAUCUAUCUAUCUAUCAAUCUCGAUGUUCAUAUCUAUCUAUCUAUCUAUCUAUCUAUCUAUCUAUCUAUCUAUGGAGUUUCAUAUCUAUCUGUCUAUGUAUGGAUGUUCAUAUCUAUUUAUCUAUCCAUUUAUCUAUAUUUCUAUCUCAUAUCACCAUCUAUCUAUCUAUCGAUCUAUCUCAGCUCAUAUCACUAUCUAUCUAUCUAUCUGAGCUCAUAUCACCAUCUAUCUAUCUAUCGAUCUAUCUCAGCUCAUAUCACUAUCUAUCUAUCUAUCUGAGCUCAUAUCACUAUCUAUCUAUCGAUCUAUCUCAGCUCAUAUCACUAUCUAUCUAUCUAUCUAUCUAUCUAUCUAUCUAUCUAUCUGAGCUCAUAUCACGAUCUAUCUAUCGAUCGAUCUAUCUCAGCUCAUAUCACUAUCUAUCUAUCUAUCUGAGCUCAUAUCACUAUCUAUCUAUCGAUCUGUCUCAGCUCAUAUCACUAUCUAUCUAUCUAUCUGAGCUCAUAUCACUAUCUAUCUAUCUAUCUAUCUAUCUAUCUGUCUGUACUGGAGAAAAUAAGUUUAAGACCGAUGAUGUUCAUAUCUAUCUACCUGUCUAUCUUUUUUCUAUCGAUGUACAUAUUUCUCUAUCUAUCUAUAAUAUUCGUAUCUAUCUAUCUGUUUAUCUAUCUAUCUAUGAAUGGGUGGCCAUAUGUGUUUAUCUAUGUAUCUCCAUGUCUAUUUGUAAAUAUCCAUAUCUAUCAAUCUAUUCUCAUAUUUAUUUAUCUAUCUAUCUAUCUAUCUAUCUAUCUAUCUAUCUAUCUAUUUUUCUCAUUUUUGUCUAUCGAUAUUCAUAUCUAUCUAUCUAUCUGCCUAUCUAUCUAUCUAUCUAUCUAUCUAUCUAUGUUCAUAUCUAUCUAUCUAUUUUUCUCAUUUUGUUCAGGUCCAUCAGUCCAUGGAUGUUCCUAUAUAUCUAUUUAUAG